AUGAGGCUCCAAAAUGUUGAAUCUGAUGAAGACUUGAUCAACUUAAAGUCUUUUUCUGAAUGGAUAGCAAGUAUAGGGGAUGGAACAAUUGGCGGUCCAAAUGACGGUAAUGCGGUUAUUGAUAUACUAGAUGACCUGUUGUUGAAUGUAUUAGAUGAUCCUGUUGCGUCAAUCGUGAGCAGCAUGUAUUCGAAGUUUACUUUUAAUGUUAAUGAAGUUGAAUAUCUUCAAGGUAGAGCUAUAUUAGCACCGACUCUUGAUGUCGUGGAGACUAUCAAUGAAUACAUGAUUUCACUUAAUGCAGCUGAGGCAAAUACAUACUUAAGUUCAGACACAACUUGCAAAUCAGAUUGCAAUGUUGAUAUUUUACAAGACCUUCACACGCCUGAAUUUUUAAAUGCAAUUAGGUGCUUUGGCAUGCCGAACCAUGAAUUAAAGCUAAAGGUUGGCACUCCAAUUAUACUGUUGAGAAACAUAGAUCAUUCCAUGGGAUUAUGCAAUAGCACUAGGUUGGUUAUCACAAAAAUUGAAAACCACGAACUUAAGGCAAAAAUUUUGACAAGCAACAAUGAUGGACAUAAGAGAGACCAUUUGGCAAUGGGGGCUGCAGUGAUGCUUUUCAACACUAUGGGUGGAGACCCAGAAAAGUACCAAAGUGAUCAUUCAUUCAUCUACUUCUAA